CACCCCUCCGGCUUUGCUGUUUACAGCUAGGAGCCGGGACUCGUUUACUUUAUAAUGACAUGCCUCAUGGCGGGGCCAAAUGCAAUGACAAGAAACUAGGAGGGAAAAUAUUUGCGCACUCCCUCCUCCUCUUCACUCUUCGUCCUCUCCUCCUCUACUAUUCUCCUCCCCUUCCUCUUCGAUAGAGUAUACUGGAAUCGUCGCGCCUACCUCGUGAAACUAUCCCCCGGUGUUUACCUCGUCAUCCUUACCUCAGUGGUGAAGCGCGCUUAUAACCAGCUAUAUACCCGCCGUAUACCCGCCCUUCAGAGGAGGAACGCAAGAGGAGAUCCCCACCAAACACGCCCACCACCACACCCCUCACCAUGCCUCCCACCUCCCCCUCCCGCCGCCCCUCCCUCCCCGCGCGCCUCGCCGCCCGCCUCCCCUCCCGCCUACGCAUCCUCCCCUUCCCCGCCAUCCGCAUCAUCGCCUUCCUCAUCCUGGUAAACGCCCUCCUCUGGGCCGCCAGCGGCGUCGUCAUCCACUACCACCCCUACCUCUCCGGCCCCGCCAUCCUCUCCUACACCCUCGGCCUCCGCCACGCCCUAGACGCCGACCACAUCGCGGCCAUCGACCUAAUGACCCGGCGCCUUGUCGCGUCCGGCCAGCACCCCGUCACGGUCGGCACGUGGUUUAGUCUCGGCCACUCCACCAUCGUGAUCAUAACAUGUAUCGUGGUUGCUGCCACGGCCGGGGCACUUGAAGAGCGCUUCGGCGGCUUUUCGCGCGUCGGCGGCAUCAUUGGGACGGCUGUUAGUGCGGCGGUGCUGAUCCUGCUGGGGAUUGGAAACGGGUAUUUGCUGUUUAGGCUGGUGAAGCGGAUGCGGGCUGUGCUGCGGCGGCAGGGGCGGGCGGAGGAAGGGGGCGAUGGGGAGAAAGAUGGGUUGUUGGGGGUUGCGGGAGGUGGGAUCUUGUUGAGGGUGUUGAGGAGGGUGUUUCGGUUUAUUGAUCGGCCGUGGAAGAUGUACCCCCUCGGCGUGCUGUUUGGGCUGGGCUUUGAUACGAGCAGUGAGAUUGCGGUGUUGGGGAUUGCGUCGGUGCAGGGAGCGUCGGGGACGAGUUUGUGGUUGAUUCUGAUUUUUCCGUUGUUGUUUACUGCCGGAAUGUGCCUCCUCGACACCACAGAUGGUGCUUUGAUGAUGACGCUCUACACCACCAGUGCCAAAGCUCGAGACCCCCUCGCCACGCUCUACUACUCCAUCAUCCUCACGGGCAUCACCGUGAUGGUAGCAAUCUGUAUCGGCACGAUCCAACUCCUGUCGCUAAUCGCCAAUGUUGCGGAGCCAGAGGGACCCUUCUGGGACGGCCUGGAGACGCUGGGGGAGUAUUAUGAUGUUCUAGGAGGGUGCAUUUGUGGACUAUUUGUGAUAGGGGCUGUCGGGGGUGUGAUAGCGUAUAAGCCGUGGAGGAGGUGGGUUGCGAAGGAUUGGGAGGAAGAGGAGAUUAUGGAUGAGGGGGAUAGGAAGGAAGCGUGCCUCGAGAAGGGAGAGGGUGGUAUUGGUGGUGAAUCGGGGACGGGGGUUGGAGAGAAGGUGCCACUUGGAAAGGAGGACGAACGCCGCGAAUCUGAGGGAGCGGGCAGAGUGGUUCAAGUGGAUUUGCUUGGUCGUGGGCAUGAUGAUAUCGAGCCGGCUGAAGUGCCAGUUAAGAACAGUGCCUUCGUCUCUGGAGACGUGGCUGAGGAGACAAAGAAGAGCUCUGCCAUCUCCCCUGAGAUUAUCCAAGACUCGCAGGAAGCUCAGACCGCUGCUGUGUCGGGCACAGACGUAAAGAACGACGAUAUACCCUCGAGACUGGCGAGAUGAGGCAUCUUAGAAAUGUAACACAGUGUAACAGCUGCACAAACCAUAUAGCUAAUAAAUACAAUAAAAACCUGG